AAUCGUGUUUGAGAUUGUAGUAAAGGCCAAUUAAAUAUUCAAUAGUGUUUUGACGUGAUUUUAUAUUCUAAGAUAGUACAAAGUGUUAAUCAUAAACUAGAAAUUUGAAUACUGGAUACUUUUACACCAUCGGGACCAUAUCAAGAAUAACAUGAGGAUUCUUGCACUGAUGAUCUCGAUUAUUUUCGUCGCUGAGGUGGCAUCGAAGCUUCCAACAUAUUCUCUAUGUGAGCUUACCGGUCCGCGAAUAAUAACAUCCGCAAGAGGGCAUAUCACUUCUCCAAAUUUUCCAAACAAUUACCCUCGGAAUAAAAAUUGCGAAUGGCAAGUGAUUUCACCAAAAGGAGCUGGCAUUCAAUUGCGUAUUGCAUAUCUCAACAACAAGGAAGUGUUUGACAACGGACAAGGCGAUUGUUACGACAAACUUCGUAUAGCGUCAGGAAAAGUGGGAGAUUCGUUCAAAUACAUUGAUAACGACCAACUUUGCGCUAAGGAGGUUGAAGAACUGAGAAAAACAACUUUUGAAAUACCGAACAAUUCUGCUGAUGAAAGUGUCAUCGCAAAGAUAACAUUCGUGUCUGAUUACGCCGAUGAGAACCCAGGAUUUUCUAUUUUCUUUCAAGCAAUUUGUAACGAAACUCAAACAUCGGAAUCCGGAAUUAUAAAGUCGCCAAACUACCCAGAACAGUAUCCGCCUAACGCUGAAUGCUUCACGGAAAUUCGAGCACCAUUUGAAAACAAAAUCGAAAUAACUUUUGACAAUUUUAAAGUUGAAGAUCAAGUUGCUUGUACAGCAGAUUACGUUACAAUCAGCGAGGGACCUCCAGGUCAGUACGGUGGUCGUGCAACUACUUACUGCAAAAAUAACAUCGGUAAUAUAACAAUCGAUUCAAAUAUUGCAACGGUAAAAUUUGUCUCAGACGCAAAUUUUGAGCAGUCCGGAUUUCAUGCGACUUGGAAAGCAGUGGCUCCAACGACUCCUGCGCCAACUACAACCACACCACAAGCUACAACAUUACCCAUGAAGAAUUGCAGUUAUACUAACGAGAGCAUAGAGUGUCAAAGAUGGGAUUCGAACUCACCACACAAGCCAAAAUAUCGACCAAAUAAUGAUGACAUAAAUCACAAUUAUUGUCGCAAUCCUGACAAUGACAAAAUGGGAGCUUGGUGCUACACAACUAAUAAAAAUAUCAGAUGGGGGUAUUGCGAUCUGGAUAACUGCGUCCUUGCAACUACUACUAUGAAUCCAACUACUAUUCAAGAAAGUACAGCUCCUAUUGAAACAACAGAAGUUAUCCAACUAGCAGAAACAACAACGAACGAAACUAAUGGUGUCGGUAUUAUUGACGGUACAAAUGCGAUUCCGGAAAAACAGGUGGGAGAUGAAGAUGGAUCUGGCCUGCAUUGGGCAAUAUUUGUUGUCAUACCGAUAGUGUUGAUCGUAUUGGUCAUUGUCAUAAUUUUCAUCCUGAAGCGACGACAAAAACGAAAGUCUGGAAUGACAAUAAGUGGACCGAAUGCAGAUGAUACCGUUGCGUUCAGUCACCAGUUAGAUCGAGAUGAUAUGACGGAAAGGCCAAGGGAAAACACAUACGUAGAAAUUCCAUUCUUGGGCGAAAUACAUCCACAAGAAAGUUCUUCCAGGCGUGAUGAACCUGAUGCUACUUGCGGAAAGAAUUUUGUACUAUUAAACAACAGAGGAAGUGUAAAUUCUACUACAUCAAGUAAUGAUUCAAUUGCAAUUGCGAAAGAAGCUGCCCAAAGAAAUUUCUCAGCAAUAAAUCGUGGCGCAAGUACCUCGGAUGCAAAUCCGUACUCUGUUGCUGAUGAUGUGGAAAGUGGUACGAGAGCGCUUCCAGUAUCUGAACAGAAAGAAAACGUAUAUCACUCAAUUUUGCCAGGACAAGAAAACAAUACAGGAAAAUCUAGCGGAAGCUCAUUCAGUCGAACUCCACUACCACCGACUCCAUUUGAAAGAGCGAACAGCAAAGAAAUGCAAAGGGACCAAGAUUCAGAAAAUAAGAAAGGAAAGGGUUGGAAACUCAACUUCACUGUUAAGAAAAACGAACCUGUUAAACCUGAAGGAUUUGCAAAUCCGUCAUAUCGUGAAAAAGAUGCCCCCCAGCAAGUUUUUGACAGCGCGGAUGAAAAUCCUUUCGAUACAGAUGACGAAACUACAACAAGAACUCCUCCAGUUAUGCCAAGAAAGAAACGAUCAACGAUUGAAUCACAUGAAGACGAGAGCAAUGUAUACAAUGCACCUUCUGUGAUACCUGCACCGCCAGUUUACGAAACCACCAAGGAUCUAAAUGUGGCUACUUCCACAUCACGUGGAAUCGAAUCUCCAUACAUGAUGCCAAAAUCGGCUUCUUCAAGUAAAACUCCCACGACUACUGAUAUAGUUUGCAUAUCACCUGAUGUGAUUGAUGAUGAUGAACAAAGAAAAGUUAUUGACAGUGGAUUUUCACUUUAUUCAUCCCCGAAUCCAACGUCUCCGGUUUUUGAUAUGCCAGAGAACUUCAUUUAUGAUCAGCCUUCCAGACCAGCGGCAACUUCAAUUUCUAGCAAAUCUGACAGUGAUGCCAGCGGAACAGGUGAAGUAUCACAAGCCAGUUCCACAAAAAGUGGAAGAGAUAGUGGCAAUGCAUCCAUGCUAGCCAUUGAGUCAAUUGGACAGGAACACAGCCACGGUGAAUAUUGCGUUAUGAAUAGCGUUCCACGCAGAAAAAAACAAUGGACUUCCGAAAGCAGCGACAAGCCUGCUGAUGAAGUAUCAGAAAACAGACUCUCGCAAAUGUACCUUAGCAUGAAAGGCAUCAAAGGCAAUAGGAGAGAAAGUGAGACAACUUCGAAGCAUAAUAAGAAGCAGAAGACCAAGCCGCGCAAAAGUGUAUGAUAGGUGAGCGACUGCGUAUUGGAUGGACUGAUUUAUUCGCGUUAGCAUAACGCCGAAAAAAGACAAAGCAUACAACCGCUUUCCUAACUUGUAAAUACGUACAUUUUUGUUCAGACUGCCAGUUCUUAAUUGUGUUUGAAUGUAAUAGGCCGAAAGGAAAGACCACAUCGUACGCUUUAUUCGUAAUCAAUGCUUGAUACUUUACAAAUACAGUUCAAAGCCUUUUUAUUUUUACUUCAAACGUUUUGAGAAUUUAUUGCCAAGGAAAUAAUAUCGCACUACGCUGUCAUUGACUUAAUUAAUUCCACCAUAUUAUGAUUUAUGAAAUAUGUAUCGUCAUUAAACAAUCCAAACAUAGCUACACGACAUAUUAGAUAAACAACAUCACUGUCAGUAAAACGCAAAACCGUGAUAAGUUCAUUUCAUCGAGAAAUUCUGCAAGAAAUUUGUAGUUUCAAUAGGGUAAAAAAGAAUGAUUCUUUUCAUUACCUUAUUACAUAUUAUAAACCCGUUAUUCCUCAUUAUGCCAGAAGUCCUUAACUAACUAAAUAACUGGUGUAGCCUACUUGGUGGUGUGUUCUAUAGGCAGCGAUAUAAUUUGAAUUCCAGAGCAAAGUAUGCAUCAAGUAGCAAUAAGUCAACAUUCCAUGUAAAUUUUUCAAAAUAGUUAUCUACUUUGUGCUUUUUAUUAAUUUUUAAGCGUUUUAUUAUAUUCAAAUGAUUUCAAAAAUAAAACAAAAUUACAGAAAUGAUUGUUUGAUUUUUACCAAGA